GCAGAUUCACGCUCGCUGGCGGUUUGCGCCUGCACACCAACACAGCUUGACUCAAGUUCGCGCCUAGGCUGUGGCUGAGUUUGCUGCAUAAUCGGAACCGAGUGACCUCCACUGAAUCAAGCCACACACCCAACGAGCUUGACACGCCCUGUCUCCCGCGCGCGACGAUAUAUUGAGUCCAUCUACCUUCACCGGCAUUAGCGACCAUGGCAGGCGGUAAACAGUACCGUCGUGAUGACGGCAGAGAUGAUGCUGGCGGAUACCGUGGGGCCCGUGGUGAACCGGAUGGCCACAGGGACAGACGGGACCGUGGCAGCGACCACCCCCGGCGGAGAGACGAUGACUACGAUCGUAACCGGGAUCGCGACCGACGCUACAGAACCCGCUCUAGGUCACCAGGCGACGGCCGUGGCGGCUCAUAUCGCGAUCGGCGACGCGACGCAGGCCGCGAGCCUCCUCGUGGAACACGCGACGCAGACCGACCACCCCGGGAUAGGGGCGACAAGGAUAGAGACAGGGACCGGGACUCUCAGCGCCGGGGCGGUCGCGAAGACCGUGAUCAUGGCCACAGGAGAGACCGACCUCGUGAAGACGGCCGCCGCCGAUCCAAUUCUCCACGGCGCAGCGCAAGCCCCGGCUUAGCCACCAAGGGCAGCAGGGACAACGACAUCAAGGAAAGCAGUCUACCGACACGCUCUAAGAACAGCGCGACGGAGAAGUCUGCACCAAUGUCCUUCAAAGUCGGCGCCAACGACAAUGGCGACGAGGGGCGCAGCCGCUCCGUGUCGAGGCAACAGCGCCACGCAAGUGAAACAGGUGAUGAUACGCCAAUGGGGGGUAGCGGCGACGCGGAGGAUGAUGACCUUGAAGUAGACGACGACGGGCUGGCGGCCAUGCAGGCCAUGAUGGGCUUCGGCGGCUUCGGCACUACAAAGAACAAAAAGAUUGUUGGAAACGACGUCGGCGAAAUUAGAAAGGAGAAGAAGACCGAGUACAGGCAGUACAUGAACCGCCAGGGUGGGUUCAACAGGCCGCUGAGUCCGAGCAGGUAACCAGUCACAAGCAGAACUACUCUCGUCGGGCCCAGGAUCACAGAGUGUGUAUGGGCAAGACUGCAGAAGGAUUGCUUCCAAGUGGCGGUCUCCGGACAGUCGUGCGAUUUUCCUGUUGCGUCAGCAUGGUGUUUUGGGAGUUGAAUAUGGACUAUUUGUUAUGUUGUACAAGUAACUAUUGGCUAGGUACCUAGCGAUCAAUGUACAUGCUGCUGCGUAAUAUCUAAGUAGUCAUUGGUGUGAGUCCUCCAGUUGUAGGCAGUAUCACUCCUUCCGUGCCGA